AGUCGUCUCUCGAUACAUGGACGGCGCGCGCGCCAUACGCAACUGUCAAGUCAGUCCAACACUUACUCUUUGAGUCAGUCCUUCGACAAUAUCACAAGUAGGAACACUUAAGUCACACAUUUCGAUCUUAAAUACGGUAUUUUUAAUAGUUUUUAACUAAAAACUAAACAAUAAUACAGUUUUCCAUCAAUUUUUUCAAGUAAAAUAUCAAUUUGUGCGAUUUGAUCGUAAUUUAUAAAAAAAAUCGUUUUGAAGUGUUAAAUUUCGUAUUUUUUCAACAAUAUUCAAUUAAAUAUUAACAAGUGUCUAAUUAUUUACAAAAUAUAAGUGUGAAAGUGGUGUUUUUUAAGUUAUUUCUUCGUGUUUUGUGUGUUUUACAAUGGGUGCCUUGGAUUGUGUCAGCAAAUGUAAUACAGUAAAGCCGACAGUCAGUACAGAGGUUUUUACUGUUAAUAUGAAUUCGCAGACAUCGUUAAAUGAACCGAGAAAAGACGUGGAGUCCCAACUGAUACACGAACAGACUAAUCAAACGACGCACAGACUACGAUGGUUCCUCGGUGUUGAUAUACCUCUUCUUUUAAUAGUAUUGCUUCUCAUUGGACUAUUCGAAUUAGGAGUGAUACCACACUACAAGAAUGGAUUCUUCUGCAACGAUCCUGCUCUCUCCUUCCCAUUCAGAGGAGACACGGUGUCUACAGAGGUUAUCGUGUCCACGAUAAUACUUCUACCAUUUGCAGUAAUAUUCAUAACAGAAUUAAUCCUCAUCGAGUCAGCGUGUGAGAUGCGAACGAAGCUCAAGUACGUGUCACGUAGAACAGCCAUACUGUACAGGAACUACGUCUACGGGAUGUUCUUCAACCUGAUGACCGUAGAAGUGAUGAAAGGCAUCACCGGUAGCCCGAGGCCGACGUUCUUCGAUAUUUGCGAACCGGACACACUCAAAACUUGUAAUGGAUCUGAGUACGUCAGCACAUUCGAAUGCACUUCAACAAGAUUCGCGAAGUGGUACCAGACCGACUCCUACCACAGCUUCCCUUCAGGACACACUUCCUUGUCAGUCUACUGCGGAUUCUUUAUGGCUUGGUACCUCCAACAACGCGCGUUCAACUGGCGCCACCGGACGGUGUUCCUCGUCCCGCUGGUGCAGCUCAUCUGCAUCAGCUAUGCCGCCAUCUGCUCGCUGACCAGGAUCACUGACCACCGGCACCACUGGUGGGACGUGCUCGUGGGCGCUGGGAUCGGUGUCGGCACUUUGUUGUUUACCGUGUUGGUUCUAUGCAACAACUUCAAGCGAAGACCUCAUAAAGCUCUGGAGAGUAAUCCAAUGACUGACAGCCAGCACACUGUUCGGACUUUAGUGUUUGACGCGCCACAACCGUCUUCGCCUUUAUAGUGUUCUGCAUAGAUAACCUAACUUUGUUCUGGAUAUCCGUGAACUAACUGUUUUAUUGAAAUGAGUGAACUUUCUCUGUUCUCGAUAUCCGGGUGUUGCAUUAUUAAAGUCAGUCAACCCUCUCUGUUCUGGAUAUCCAGGCACUGUUCGAUUUAAGUCAGUCAACCGUCUCUGUUCUGGAUAUCCGGGAACUGUAUUAUUUAAGUCAGUCAACCCUGUCUGCUACGGAUGUCCGGGUACUGCUUUAUUUAAGUCAGUCAACCCUCUCUGUUCUGGAUAUCCGAGUACCUACUGUUUUAUUUAAGUCAGUUAACCGUCACUGUUCUGGAUAUACGGGUACUGUUUUUAUUUAAGUCAGUUAACCAUAUAUGUUCUGUAUAUUCGGGCACUGUUUUAUAUUAAUCAGUCAACCCUCUCUGUUCUGGAUAUAUUCGGGUACUGUUUUAUUUGAGUCAGUCAAUCCUCUCUGUUCUGGAUAUCCGAGUACCUACUGUUUUAUUUAAGUCAGUCAACCGUCUCUGUUCUGGAUAUACGGGUACUGUUUUAUAUAAGUAAGUCAUUAUUCGGCAUUAUUGAUACAAUUGGAAGUAUUAAAACUAUAGGUAAGUUGAUAAAUUUGAAUUGACAUAAAAUGUGAAUAGGUAGAUUUUUUGUAGAAAUUUAUGUUGUAGAUAUUUUGGUUUUUAUUUACCAAUAUAUUAUAUUUAAAAAUGAAUAUACUUAUGUUAGUAUCUAAAACAGAAAACAGCUUGAUGAAUUUGAAACAUCAUUCCUUUUUAUUUCGACUGUGACUACAGGAGAGGUUAAAAAAAAUAUAGGGAAUAGCCAGCAGAAACUCGAAAAAUCCCAUAAUAUUGUAGACCGUAAUGUUCCCGUUCCUGUGGGAAUACGGGAAUAAUAAAUAAAGCUUUCUAUUGGUAAAAGAAUUUACAUAAUCUGCUUACUAGAUCCAAAGAUUACCCCUACAACCUCACAAUCUUUAUCUCUUUAUAAUUGGAGAUUAAACGAACUUACCUGAAGUGAAGUUCUAUGUUGAAUAAACGAGUCGUCUUUUCUGAAGAUGUUCUUUAUAUUUUAGUAAAUAGUAUAGUAAUACACAAUCGCAUAUUUUACUUGCGUACAUUCAUAGACAAUCAGUGCGUUUAAGUUGUGGGUAUACUAGUAGGUCAAAAAAUAUAUUAUAAUUUAUUCGUGCCUUUUUUAUUGAAGUUAUUAUAAAGUAUUUUUUGUCAAAAAUUAAUCUGUGAUUUUAUUGUAUAAAGACAUUAUUAAUAUAGCUAGAAUUAAAAUAAUAAAUCGAUUAAAUUAUGUGUUUAAGAUUAAGUUAUUAAAGUUUUUGAGUAUUGUUUUAAGUUGUAUACAUUUUUUGUAAUGUUAGGUAGACUAUUUAAAAUUUACAUACAUACUUAUUUUUUUUUUAAUUAUAAUAUAUACACAGGA